AGAUGUUUGAAAUCGCAGUCAUUUACGCUCGACAAUUUUUACAAUAGCCUUGAGCCAUAAUUUUGCGAGGCUCUUCAGCAUCCAUCCCCCUUGCAUGGUCUCUCUCCACUGGCCAUGCACGACCGUUUCUCUCCCCAACCGUGGAUUUCCUAUUACUCUCGUUACGACUCACUGAGCCCCAGGCCCAAGGAUAAUGAUGUGUUGUUUCUUGGUAGCAUAAUUUGUCACACGUACAUUUUUUUCUUCUUCUUCUCUUGCAGAAAGCUCUGCUCACUCUCUCCCUCUCCUUAUUCUCUCUUCUCUCUCUCCCUCCGUCACUCAUUUUUUCUUUCUUUGCUAAUUCACAAUGAUCAAAUGAUGAACGACAAAAUAAAUUGUAAAGAGUGACUGACUGGAGUUUGGGAGCAAGAAGGUUGUGUUCUUUUUUUUUUUUUUCUGGAUCAAACCACAAACCUUUUAAAAAGAAGGCGUUUAAUCCUUCUAGGGUGGAAAGCUUUAGUGAUCCUAUACUUUGGCAUCUGAUUGCGAACAGGUCCAAACGACAAGUGCAAGCAAAGUCGGCCAUGUCCAGAUCGGGGGACAGGACCUCCACCUUUGACCCGAGUCAUAGCGACAAUCUGUUGCACGGCCUUAACCUUUUGUGGAGGAAGCAGCUCUUCUGUGAUGUAACUCUCACAGCCCAGGGGCAACAGUUUCAUUGUCAUAAAGCUGUGUUGGCCUCCUGCUCCCAGUAUUUUAGAUCCCUGUUUUCCAGUCACUUGGGACAGGACGGACUGUCAGCUGUCCCCAAGGACCAACAGCAACAACAGUCAGAUGAGCCUGGUACCCCAUCAUCCUCACCAGAGGACAAGCUCAUGGUCAGCCCCAGAGCCAUUAACAACCUGGUCCUGCAAGGCUGCUCCUCAAUAGGACUUCGUCUUGUGCUGGAGUACCUAUAUACAGCUAAUGUCACUUUGUCUCUGGACACAGUAGAGGAAGUACUAUCAGUGAGUAAGAUCUUACACAUCCCUCAAGUCACAAAGCUCUGUGUACAGUUCUUGAAUGACCAGAUCUCGGUGCAGAAUUACAAGCAAGUGUGCAAGAUAGCUGCUCUUCAUGGCCUGGAGGAGACAAAGAAGCUAGCUAAUAAAUAUCUAGUGGAGGAUGUGCUUUUACUAAAUUUUGAGGAGAUGCGCACAAUGCUUGACUCCCUUCCACCACCUGUGGAGUCAGAGCUUGCCCUCUUCCAGAUGUCUGUGCUCUGGCUGGAGCAUGAUAGGGAAACCCGUAUGCAGUAUGCCCCAGACUUGAUGAAGAGGCUUCGAUUUGCCCUCAUACCAGCACCAGAACUGGUGGAGAGGGUUCAGUCUGUGGACUUCAUGAGGACUGACCCAGUCUGUCAGAAACUUCUGCUGGAUGCUAUGAACUAUCACCUUAUGCCUUUUAGGCAGCACUGCAGACAGACCCUAGCCAGCAGAAUUCGAUCCAACAAGAAGAUGCUGUUAUUAGUUGGAGGAUUGCCCCCAGGACCAGACCGGUUGCCCAGUAAUCUGGUACAGUACUAUGAUGAUGAAAAGAAGACCUGGAAAAUACUGACAAUUAUGCCGUACAAUAGCGCACAUCAUUGCGUGGUAGAAGUGGAAAACUUCUUAUUUGUGUUGGGUGGAGAAGAUCAGUGGAAUCCUAAUGGAAAACAUAGUACAAACUUUGUAAGCCGAUAUGACCCAAGAUUUAACAGCUGGAUACAGCUCCCACCUAUGCAAGAAAGGAGAGCAAGUUUCUAUGCAUGCCGGCUCGAUAAACAUCUAUAUGUAGUUGGAGGCAGAAAUGAAACAGGCUACUUGUCAAGUGUAGAGUGCUACAACUUAGAAACGAAUGAAUGGCGCUAUGUUUCCUCUUUACCGCAGCCCUUGGCAGCACAUGCAGGAGCAGUGCACAAUGGGAAAAUAUACAUAUCAGGUGGUGUUCACAAUGGAGAAUAUGUCCAGUGGUUAUACUGCUAUGACCCAGUCAUGGACGUUUGGGCCCGAAAACAAGAUAUGAACACAAAGAGGGCUAUACACGCUUUAGCAGUAAUGAAUGAUCGACUGUAUGCAAUUGGCGGAAACCAUUUAAAAGGAUUUUCUCACUUGGAUGUCAUGCUUGUGGAAUGCUAUGACCCAAAAGGAGACCAGUGGAAUAUCCUACAGACACCUAUUUUGGAAGGUCGCAGUGGGCCUGGGUGUGCAGUGCUGGAUGAUCGGUUUUACCUUGUCGGAGGCUACAGUUGGAGUAUGGGUGCCUACAAGUCAUCUACUAUUUGUUACAGUCCUGAGAAAGCAAGUUGGACGGAGCUGGAAGGAGAUGUUGCUGAACCACUAGCAGGUCCGGCCUGUGCGACGGUGAUACUGCCAGCCUGUGUCCCCUAUAACAAAUAACACAGAGACAUUUUGAGGGCAUUAUAAAAGCACGGACCUUGUAAUAUUGCAAGAGUGAGACAUUUUGUUUGAAUGUUAUUCUUCAUUUGAACUGCUUUAAAAGCAAGUUAUGACUGGAAAUUGUUUAACAAGAAUUUAAGUAUAUAACGUCCAGCACCAGAAUAACAUUUUACCAGUGUAGAAACAGAGCUGUGCCUAGUUCUGCCUACAAAAAUUAUGAAGUCAUAUUGACAUUCAUCUUUAAUUACUCUUUACUUCUACAGUACAGCACCUUUUAAUUAGAUUUUUCAUAGAUGAUGUGAAAUAAUAUGUAUAUAUUACUAAAUCUCUGUUAAUUACCGUGAGUGGUAUAAAAAGAAUUCCUUUUGUCUGAAAGACAACAGUGCCGUAAUUGUAAUAGAAAUUGCUGCACAAUACAUGAGAAAAGCUGUCUGUUAGCAGCUAUUCUGGUGGUACUUGAAAGCAGAAACCUGGCUGUGAGCAGCUUCUCAAAUCACAAUAGCAAGAUCCUUGUGAAUCCCAGCAGAUUGACCAAUCACAAAGCUAAAAUUCUUGGAAUGUUGUCUGCUUAAUACAUUUUUUUAAUAAAAAGAAAGUAAUGUCA